GUAUCGGACGGCGGGAAUAGUGCCUGUCCUACAAAUGGGUGUGUAACGAAUUGAUAUCGACGCUGGUCUGAAGUUCCGUUGCUCACCUCAGCCAGGCUGCGUCUCGACGUCCGUACGUGUUUGAUGGACAUGUUAUGUUACUGUAGCACCUGAAAAACUCAGAGGAAACUAAUUACUUCAACAAGCCUAGUGAUUACUAGUAGACAAUGAUUAUCGUUGCUUUCUGUUCAACCGUACUUUGUCAAGCUAUUGGCAGUAUUGCGUAUUGUGGGUGCCCGGGUCCAGACUUGCUCUUCCGCCGCUGCCGCACUCAGUGAGCUGGUCAAGCGGGACAAGCUAGAGUACCCCGAGAAGGCACGCCGCUCGCGUAGUCGCUUCGCCAAAUCCCGACCCAGAACAACAGGCAGCCCUUGACUUGAGUUUGUUGGAGGCACUCGGCUCUGCGGUGCUCUCUGCGCCAGUUCACAAACUGAUGCACAGUCUAGGAGUAGGACCACAGUGUACCCACCCUGUGUGAAUGUUCUUGACUGACUACAACAGACUCGACGAAGACCAGCUUGGAGUUGCAUGUGAAUAGCAUAGACGUGAAGAAACCGGUACUCACACCACACGCUGGUACACGGAUCGGUGGUUGACUGUCGUUACUGUUGGUCAAGUAGUCUGGACGAGAAGAUGACUCAGCAACCGGCACAGGAUAAACUCAACGGGGAGGCUUACGAGAAGCAGCUGAAGCAAGAGGUUCUUCUACUGGAUGAUGAGAUCAUCAAACAGCUUGCCGAUGGCGACAUCCCCGAUGUUGAGGCAGAAGGCUUUUCCGAAUCUGUGCGGAUCCUGAAAGCAGAGGACAGGGUUACCUCACAGCCUGUAGCAGCAACUAUCAAAACGACACCAUCAGUGACUGAUGAGUUUGUACGCGGCUUCCUGGUGCGUAAAGGGAUGAACAAAACACUGAGAGUGUUUGAAGAAGAGUGGAUCGAGCUGGCAGAGAAUGGACAGCUACACCCGGAAGAUGUCAACAACUUUCCAGAUGUCUAUUCAGAAAAUGAAUACCUGAACGGUCAAGUCACCUUUCUCCGAGAAGAAAUGGCCACUCAAGAUGCUAUAGCUAAGAAGGCGAUAAGGAACUUUGAGAGGGUAAGCUUGAUACGUGACCAUCACAGAGUCCGCGACCGGCAGUCGACAUUGGAGCUGCGGUCACUCAAUGCCAAAAUGAAGCGCAUGUCCGCACAUUACGAGAGCUAUGAGCCAACUCUGCGCCAACUCAAAGAGAAGUUUGAUGUAUUAUUUCGUGAGAAAUCCAUGGCAAGCCUGGAACUGGAGAAGACAAAGAAAGAGCUAUUGUCCCUGAAGGCAACGAUUGCACACGAGUCUAAUGUGAACGAGACGGUUAGAAAUGCCCAGCGGAACACCACCACCAUACCAAUGUCCACCAACGUGCGAGGCAAGGUGGCAGUGCCUCGAGAUCCGCUGUCGCCCGCUGCGAUACCAGGAAGUGGAGAGGCUAACCCAUUGGCACCACCUGCACCGCUGGCAAGGAGAGAGCUCGACGUUGACGUGGAAAAGCCGGCCGGCGGCAACAACAUGGCAACGCUGACAAAUGGUAAUUUGCAGACUGACGACACGUUGGCAUCGGUGAGUGGCCAAACUGCCCCCAUGACAGCACCAGGAGACACUACCGCUGCUGGUGAUUACUUCCGGAGAGUGCUGGAUGAGAUGAUCCCAGUCAACGACGCCGGCACCAGUGGUCUAAGUGCAGACGAGAGCAGGGAACAUGGGAGUGCGCUGAUUUCCGACGCCGUGCGUGAAUCGGACACAGGACAUGGUGUAGUGAAAGGAUCAGCUACAAUGCCGUCUCGACGGGACGACGGACCAAUUGAUCUGGCCCCUAUGCCGGACUUGGUCAAGCCGCCUGGGAAACCACCAACGUUUGCUAGUCUUCAGGAGGUGUCCAUUGACCCACGCAAAGGGUUCGGCUUGGAAUACUCGUUCGCUACCCAUGACAGGGGAAUUGUCAAAAUGUGCCUUGCUAGGGACAACAGCCUGGCAGUGACUGUCGGAAAUGAUCGCUUGUGGCAUUCCUGGAAGCUUCCGAGUGGCGAACAUCUGAUGACAGGGGAAGGUCAUCUACAAGGAGUGACAUCGGCAGACCUCUCAGCUGACUCGACGAUGCUGGCCACGACCUCUGCCGACUCGACAGCUCGUAUCUGGGAUUUCUGUAGCGGAGAGUGCAAGUCCAUUCUGGACAUGGGUGGAGUGAGCCAUGCUUUCGCAGAACCAUGUCUGUGGGACUGUGCAUGGAACUGGAAUGGGCAGUGUCUGGUGGUGACCUCCUCCUCUGGCAAAGUAGCGCUAUUCGACACUGAAACAUCACGCAUGUGUCGUCAGCUACUAGGACACACCGGGUCUGCAAACGCCUGCGUCUUCCUUCCAUACUCGUACCUGUUCUGCACAGCGGGUUCUGACGCAACCGUUCAGCUUUGGGACAUUCGGACAAAUAAAAGCGUGGAGACGUUCAUAGGACACAGGAAUGCUGUCAACUCUCUAACCACUACACAGCAAGGUGAUGUCAUUGCAUCAGGUGAUGCAGCCGGUGAUAUACACAUGUGGGAUGUGCGCUCCGCAUCGGAAGUCUACGAAGCCAACGUGACAACAAGCGGCAUCAAUGACCUGGCCUUCGACCCAAAUGGUGAUGUGAUUGCGUCAGCAUUGGACGACGGUUCAGUCUGUGUGAUAAACAGCCAUUCCGAAGUGGCUGGUAGCUUCAAAGGUCACCUAUCAUCGUGUAGAAGCUGCUCGUUCGAUGUCUCUGGAAACUGGCUGUGCACUGCGGGAGGAGAUGGACUCAUUAACAUCUGGUCUCAGACUGAAGAGCACUGACCUAAUGCAGGCAACGUGCUGGCACAAACACAAUGGGACACUAAUGUUACUACUUGAUGUAAAUGGCAGUAUUAGUUUUCACUUCUUUAUCAAUUAAAACAAGCGUUUCGGAGACAGCAGUUUUAAAUGUCAUUGAUGACUGAUGUCACUGAUGUCAUUGAUGACUGAUGUCACUGAUGUCAUUGACGACUGAUGUCACUGAUGUCAUUGAUGUCACUGAUGAAUGUAACAUUUCACAUUUUACUCCUACAUGUUGACAUUUAGGAAAUGCUUACAGUGCAAUUAGUCGUCCUUGUCCGCUCGAUUUGUAGAAGAUUGAUGAUGCCCUGUAAUCUGUCCCAGAAAACAUAUAUGCUAGUCCCCUGCAUAUCAUCUCUCUGACGUUAUCUCUGCUAAAGUAAAUACAAGUACAUGCAUGCAUGCAUGUACUUGUGUUUCAUUGUCAAUGGCUACUUGAGAUCACUACUGCUGUACUGAAUAGCAAGAAUGUUGCUACCUGUUAUAGUGCAUUGAAAACGAGUUUGUAAUGGUGAUGUAGCAUUCCACUUAAAA